GACUUGUGGUAGAAAAUCUAAAAGAUGGCGGCUGCCAGUGUUUAUUUAUACCGUCUGUUCAGGAAUUAUUGGUUCAACAACUAGUCAUCUCAUGUAUUUAUAUAUUUGUAAUUAUAAUUAUAACUUUAUUUAAAGAAUUAACUACAAGCAAAUUUGGUCUACUUGUGAAUCAGUACGUGUUAUAUUUGUCGCUAUGUCGGACGAAGAGGUAGAAAGGUUUGAAAUAACAGAUUAUGAUUUAGAUAAUGAAUUUAACAUUAAUAGACCACGAAGGAAGCAGUCGAAAAAUCAGCAAAUUUAUGGAAUAUGGGCUGAUGACAGUGGUGAUGAAGGUGAGCCUAGUAGUCAAAGAGGCGGAUUUGGCUCCAGGCCAAGAGGUCGCAAAAAGUUUGAUACUAGUGCUCCAAUUAGUUUUGUUGCUGGUGGUGUUCAGCAAGCUGGUAAAAAGAAGUUAGAAGGCAAAAAAGGUGGAGAGAGCAAAAAGAAAGAAGACGAUGACGAUGAUGAUGACAAUGAGGAUGAGGAGCAGUCAGGGAGAAAGUUUGGAGGCAGUUCCAGUGAUAGUGAUGAUGGAGGAAGACAAGGAUUUGGUGCAAAGUCAAACACCACAGAUAUUGAUGGAGAUAUUGCAGGUCUCCGGAAAAAAAAAUUUCAAACCAGCUCUACCUUGAUUAACAAAGGAGUUGGCAACUGGGAAAAGCAUACAAGGGGCAUUGGAGCUAAACUUUUGUUGCAAAUGGGCUAUCAACCUGGAAAAGGUCUAGGGAAGGAGCUACAAGGAAUAUCAGCCCCAGUUGAGGCACAUUUACGAAAAGGUCGAGGAGCUAUUGGUGCUUAUGGACCUGAAAAAGUAACAAAAAUGGCAGAUCUUCGACCAGAGCUUAAAGAGAAAAUUGAAGAAGAAACAGAAAAAGGUGAAGGAAAAUUAACUCAAUGGAGGAAAGAGGGUAGUAAAAGCUCAAAGGUGAAAUAUGUUUAUAAAAGUGUUGAUGAAGUUUUAGAAGAUCAAGACAGAGGAAAAGUGUAUAAAAGAGAGUUCAAUGAGCUGUCAAAGGUCAAAGUAAUUGAUAUGACUGGCCCCCAACAACGUGUUUUGUCUGGUUAUCAUGCCAUUUCAGGUCCUCAGAGACCUGUAGAUGAAUGGGAAACUCGCAAAGAAAAAAAAUUCACAAAUUUUGCUCUCCCUGAGCUCCAGCAUAAUCUGAAUCUCCUAGUAGAUAUGUGUGAACAAGAUAUUAUCGCUAAUGUUCGCAAACUUCGCAUCGCAAAAGAUAGAACUGUGUCAUUAGAACAAGAAGAACAAGUUUUGAGUCAAAAAAUGAAUCAGGAGAAAAAACAAAUUGAAGCUUUAGAAACACUUUUAAGCAUUGUUACUCAGCUUGAAAACAAAGUGCUUGAUCUUGAUCAAUGCUCUCAAGCUUUUAAAAAAUUGCAAGAGCACCAUUAUGAAGCCUACCGUAUGUAUGACAUUGGUGAUCUCGCUCCUGACAUAUUAAAACCACUUUUCCAUGAGGAGAUGAAAGACUGGAAUCCAUUUGAGCAUCGUACCAAAUUCUUGUCAUUAUUUGGAAAAUGGAGAAAGAUUUUAGAAAAAGACAAUUCUGCUAUCUAUAGUAAUUCAAUGAUAACAAUGAGAGACCCAUAUCACCGUCUUGUGUGGGAAACAUGGAUGCCUAUUGUUCGUGGUUACAUAAAUACAUGGAAUUGUCGUGACUGUAUUCCACUUAUUUCUUUGCUCGAAGAUUGGAUGCCUCUAUUACCUGGAUGGGUCAUGGAAAACAUUUUAGAGCAGCAGGUCAUGCCCCGCCUCACUCUUGCCGUUGAAGAGUGGAAUCCUCUUACUGAUACAAUUCCCAUUCAUACUUGGACUCACCCAUGGCUUCCGUUACUUGGGCAAAGGUUACAUGUUUCAGUAUUCCCUAUAAUUAGACACAAGUUAAGUAUAGCGCUUGUGAACUGGCAUGCAUCAGACACAUCAGCCCAUUUGAUGCUGCAGCCCUGGAGCAAAGCUUUUGAUAAAGGAGAUAUGGAUGCUUUCCUUGUGAAGAAUAUUUUGCCAAAGUUACAAGAAGCAAUGUGUGCAUUGGUUAUAAAUCCUCAAAUGCAGCACUUAGCCUCAUUUUCUUCUCUCAAAGACCAGUGGCGUUGGGUAAUGGAUUGGGAAGACAUGAUGCCCGUUUUAUCUAUGGCAUCUCUCCUAGACAAGAUCUUCUUCCCAAAAUGGUUGCAAGUUCUAACUAUUUGGCUGAAUGAUAAUCCUGAUUACGAGCAGGUGUCUAAAUGGUAUUCUGGAUGGAAAUCCAUGUUUUCGGAGGCUUUAUUGCUACAGCCUGUGAUUAAAGAACAUUUCCGGAAGGCUUUGGACCUCAUGAACCGAGCAGUUUCCAACCCAAGCCAGCCCAUUUCUACUCAACAAUCCACCCAAGAAACAUACCAAGAUCCUACUGCAGCAGCACACCAGCAAAGAUACAAGGCAAUGGCUGAAGCUGUAAGAGUUGCAGCUCAAAUACCACAAGGUUUCAAAGACUUGCUUCAGAAACGCUGUGAAGAAAGGGGAAUCAUGUUCAUGCCCCUAGUAAAUCGUUGGAGGGAGGGCAAGCAGAUUUAUAGAAUGGGCAACAUACAAGUUUACAUUGACAGAAGUGUUAUCUUUGUGAGUGGACCAGGUGGUGUGUGGCAGCCCACCUCUCUUAAUGCUGCUUUAGAAAUGGCUGUGUAAUGUACAAUUUUUGUGAGAGCUGUUUCUUUUCUGUGGUAUUUUAUUGCUCAUUGACUGCACUUAACUGGUACAAGGAAAUGCUGUCAGAAAAAACAGUCAUCAAUCAAUUAGCUAACUAAAUAUACUGAAAAUAAGAUUUCUUUGUAAAUCAAGCAUUUUAAUGCAAUUCAGUUUUAAAUAUUUUACCCUGUGAUCAUUCUGUUAACAGAAAUCUUAAAUGCAUUGAAAAUAUCUGUUCAGAACUUGUACUUCUUGGCAUAACAUUAAAUGUAAAUAGUGAUGUAUA